AUGGCGGAAGGAAAGGAACGAGCUCCUGUUGCUGCUCCUCCUCCGGUCGCCGCCUUCGACGUUGAGCAACCGUCGUCGCCCCGCUCUCCCUCCGAUCCUUCCUCCUCCUCAUCCCCUUCCUCGUCGCCCUCCGGCCAGACUCGCCUCCUCUCCGCGAUGCCCAAUCUCAAAGUGCCGGUAGUUGCGUCGCGGCGGGAAGAUGACGUCGACGGGUGCAGGUCCACCGGUGCCGCCCCAGGAGAAUAA